CUCCCUUUUGUUUAAAGUUUCCAUUGGUAUUUGUCAAUAAUUGAACUGUCAUAUGAUCGUUAAGCGAUUGUUUAGCAGUUUACACUAUAACUGGAUGAAACGAAGACAAGAUGAAGUUAAGCCAUGGCUUACUGAUGUUGAUGGCCUUGGUAUCAUUCUGCGGUGCAGCUACCAGGCCAAACAUUGUGGUGAUAGUAGCUGAUGACCUGGGAUAUAAUGAUGUGAGUUUCCAUGGCUCCAACCAGAUCCCCACCCCAAACAUAGACAGCCUGGCAUACGAGGGGAUCAUCCUCAACAACUACUACGUGUCCCCGAUAUGUACGCCAACACGUGGGGCACUGAUGUCAGGCCGACAUCCUAUACACACAGGUCUGCAGCACAGUGUGAUAUAUUCCUCCGAGAAAUAUGGACUACCAUUAGAAGAGAAGAUUAUGCCCCAGUGGUUUAACGAGCUGGGCUACAGGUCACACAUAGUUGGCAAGUGGCACCUGGGUUUCUAUGCAGAAGAGUUCACACCAUUAUUUCGGGGAUUUGAGACUCACUAUGGUUACCUAUUGGGACAUGGCGAUUACUUUGAUCACAUGGCAGAAUGCACCCCUUGGCACCUGGGAAUGUUUGCGGAUCAAUACCUGCCCACCCUGCGCGGGUUUGAGUCCCACUAUGGGUACUACCAGGGCUGUGAGGACUACUUUGAUCACACUUACGAGGCAGAGCCUGAAUACUGGGGUCUGGACUGGCGCAGGAAUCUAGACCUUCUACGCAACGAGACCAACCUCUACUCCACCGAUCUCUUUGCACAGGAAGCAGUCAACAUCAUCAACAAGCACAACACUUCAGAACCCCUGUUUCUGUACCUUCCUCAUCAAGCCGUUCACAGCGGUAACACAGAGGGUGAUCCACUACAGGCUCCUCAACACUAUGUAGACCGGUUCCCACAUAUAAAUAACUACCACCGAAGACUGUUUGCAGGAAUGCUGGCUGCAUUAGAUGAUGCAGUCGGGUCUGUUGUGAACACUCUGAAGGCCAGAGGGAUGUAUGACAAUACUGUCAUCGUGUUCACAACCGACAAUGGUGGUCCCUCCAAUGGAUUUGAUGCAAAUGCAGCUAACAAUUUCCCUUUAAGGGGAGUGAAGGCAACCCAGUGGGAGGGUGGGUUGCGAGGCGUGGGUUUUAUUGCCUCUCCCUUGCUCAACCAGACUGGUUAUGUUUCCAAUCACAUGUUGCACGUCUGUGACUGGUUGCCCACCCUGUACGAGGCUGCUGGUGGAGACCCAACCAAGAUGGCCAAUCUCGACGGUUCCAGCGAAUGGCAGUCACUGAGCCACAACCAGCCUGGGAACCGACAAGAGAUUCUCCACAACAUUGACCCAAGUGGGAAAGGUCAGAUGGGUCUGAGGGUUGGGGACUACAAGAUUGUGGUGGGCGAUAUCGGGAUGGCCUGGAGUGACUGGUAUCCUCCCUGGACCAGCCCUGGGGACAGUCUGGAGCUUCAUGUCAACAACUCGGCCCUAUUUAAAUAUUUCACUGCCAAGGAUGAGCAGAUGCAGGUGUUAAGUGGAGAAGCCUUCAAGAACAGUGUCUUUGACAAAAAUACUCAAUACUUUGCUAACUCUAUGGCGGGCAAUAGGGGAAGUGAUGACUUAAUGGAAGAAGACAAUGAUGAAACCUUGAAAUUUGUUAAAUAUCAUAAACCUUUGCACACUGUUGGAAAGCCAAUGCCAAAAUCCACUCUGAAAUCCUACAGGCAUUUCGGAAAUCCUGUAAAGAUUGACUGUGGACAGAAACCUUUUAAUGCCUCCACUAACUGUGACCCCCGUCAGUCCCCGUGUCUGUUCCACAUUGCCUCUGACCCCUGCGAGUACAACAACAUUGCCGCUGGCAACCAGGGCCUGGUGGUCCUGUUGCUAACACGCCUCAUGCAGUGCGAGGACACAAUGGUGCCCCCAUUGAACACUCCUGUAGACCCAGCAGGGAACCCGAAAUAUCACGAUGGGGCUUGGGUACCUUGGGUUAAGUUGUAAGUCACAAUACUGUGACCCCUUGUGUAAGUUUUGAAUGGUCUCUUCUUAGCAAAAAUACAGGUAAAUUGGAAAGUGUGGUCACUGAUUAGCCUGUGUGGACUGCACAGGCUUAUUUGGGCUAAAACUUUACACACACUCAUUAAAACACGCAUUAUCACAAUGGGGCUUGAGGACCUUGCAUAAAGUUAUGAGUCACAAAUCUGGGGCUUCUUGUGCAAGUUUUUUUUUAAUAAGCUGUCUUAUGACAAAUCUGAAAAAUUUCAAUUACAAAUAAGUUCUAAGCUAACAACUCAAAGGCCUUUGUUUCCUUUGUUAUGCCCCCGGUAGGGUGGCAUAUAGCAGUUGAACUGUCCGUCAGUAAGUAUGUCAGUAUAUGUGUAUGUCAGUCUGUCCGUCCGUCCGGAAAAAAACUUUAACGUUGGCCAUAACUUUUGCAUUAUUAAAGAUAGAAACUUGAUAUUUGGCAUACAUGUGUAUCUCAUGAAGCUGCACAUUUUGAGUGGUGGAAGUUCAAGGUCAAGGUCAUCCUUCAAGGUCAAAUGCAUAUGGCGUCUGUCCGUCCGUCCAAAAACUUUAACAUUGGCCAUAACUUUUUCGCUAUCGAAGAUAGAAACUUGAUAUUUGGCAUGCAAUAAGUAUCUCAUGGAGCUGAACAUUUUGAGUGGUGAAAGAUGAAGGUGAAGGUCAUCCUUCAAGGUUAAAUGUCAAAUAUAUGGCAUCUGUCCGUCCGAAAACUUUAACAUUGGCCAUAACUUUUUCAGUAUUGAAGAUAGCAACUUGAUAUUUGGCAUGAAAAAUUAUUUCAAAGCGGCGCAAUAGCGGGCAUUGUGUUUCGUACGAACACAAUCAUGAAGAUAGCAACUUGAUAUUUGGCAUGCAUGUGUAUCUCAUGGAGCUGAACAUUUUUAGUGGUGACAGGUGAAGGUCAAGGUCAUCCUUUAAGGUCAAAUGUCAAAUAUAUGGCGUCUGUCCGUCCGAAAACUUUUACAUUGGCCAUUUUUUAAAUUUAAAUAUUGAAGAUAGCAACUUGAUAUUUGGCAUGCAUGUGUAUCUCAUGAAGCUGCACAUUUUGAGUGGUGGAAGUUCAAGGUCAAGGUCAUCCUUUAAGGUCAAAGGUAAAAAAAAAUAAAAAAUUUCAAAGUGGCGUUCUCAUGAAGUUAAGGUCAUCCUUCAAGGUCAAAGGUAAAAAAAAAUAAUAUUUCAAAGCGGCGUUCUCAUGAAGCUGCACAUUGUGAGUGGUGAAAGGUCUAGGUCAUCUUCAAGGUCAAAGGUCAAAUUAAAAAAAUAAUAAUUUCAAAGCGGCGCAAUAGGGGGCAUUGUGUUUCUGACGAACACAUCUCGUGUCUUUUUUUAUGUUUCUAAAACUCAUUGCAUGAUAAUUAUUGAUGGGGAAUACAAUUAAUUACUGACAUUUACUGCUCAUGAAUGUUAGUGGUAAGAAAUUGAGCAGCACUCUGAGAGAACCGGGCUUAAUGCAUAAUGUAUCAACCGCACCGGGGAGAACCGGGCUUAAUGCAUAAUGUAUCAACUGCACCGGAGAGAACCGGGCUUAAUGCAUAAUGUAUCAAUCGCACCGGGGAGAACCGGGCUUAAUGCAUAAUGUAUCAACUGCACUGGGGAGAACCGGGCUUAAUGCAUAAUGUAUCACCUGCACCGGGGAGAACCGGGCUUAAUGCAUAAUGUAUCAACCGCACCGGGGAGAACAGGGCUUAAUGCAUAAUGUAUCAACCGCACCGGGGAGAACCGGGCUUAAUGCAUAAUGUAUCAACUGCACCGGGGAGAACCGGGCUUAAAGCAUAGCAUAAUGUAUCAACCGCACCGGGGAGAACAGGGCUUAAUGCAUAGCAUAAUGUAUCAACCGCACCGGGGAGAACCGGGCUUAAUGCAUAGCAUAAUGUAUCAAACGCACCGGGGAGAACCGGGCUUAAUGCAUAAUGUAUCAACCGCACCAGGGAGAACCGGGCUUAAUGCAUAAUGUAUCAACUGCACCGGGGAGAACCGGGCUUAAUGCAUAAUGUAUCAACUGCACCAGGGAGAACCGGGCUUAAUGCAUAAUGUAUCAACUGCACCGGGGAGAACCGGGCUUAAUGCAUAAUGUAUCAACCGCACCGGGGAGAACUGGGCUAAUGCAUAAUGUAUCAACUGCACCGGGGAGAACCGGGCUUAAUGCAUAAAGUAUCAAUCGCACCGGCUGAUAAGGGAUGACAUAACCGGGCUUAAUGCAUAAAGUAUCAAUCGCACCGGCUGAUAAGGGAUGACAUAACCGGGCUUAAUGCAUAAAGUGUCAACCCCACCGGCUGAUAAGGGAUGACAUAAACGGGCUUAAUGCAUAAAGUGUCAACCCCACCGGCUGAUAAGGGAUGACAUUAACGGGCUUAAUGCAUAAAGUGUCAACCCCAUUGGCUGAUAAGGGAUGACAUAACCAGGCUAAAUGCAUAAAGUGUCAACCCCACCGGCUGAUAAGGGAUGACAUAACCGGGCUUAAUGCAUAAAGUGUCAACCCCACCGGCUGAUAAGGGAUGACAUAACCGGGCUUAAUGCAUAAAGUGUCAACCCCACCGGCUGAUAAGGGAUGACAUAAACGGGAUUAAUGCAUAAAGUGGCAACCCCACCGGCUGAUAAGGGAUGACAUAACCGGGCUUAAUGCAUAAAGUGUCAACCCCACCGGCUGAUAAGGGAUGACAUAACCGGGCUUAAUGCAUAAAGUGUCAACCCCACCGGCUGAUAAGGGAUGACAUAACCAGGCUAAAUGCAUAAAGUGUCAACCCCACCGGCUGAUAAGGGAUGACAUAACCGGGCUUAAUGCAUAAAGUAUCAUCCGCAAAGGCUGACUUUAACGGAAUUUAUGUUUAAAGCAAGUUUAUUAUAAGUGAAAACCCAGUUCUAGCAGAAAGUGUCGUCCUAGACUUGUACAGACUAAUCUGGGACGAAACUUAACGCAUAUGCAUUAAAACCCGAAAUAGCAAGGCAGGGCAUGAGUACCCUGGAUUAUGUUGCAACACUCAAAGCUAGGGCUUUUUAUGCAAGUUUUUAAAAACUACUUGGUAUCUCAUGACAUGUCGUAUGUAUAAUUUCAAUUGGAAAGAGUUAUUAGCUAACAACAUAUUUUUGCAAUUCGUGGCAAAAAAAUGAUUGACAGAGAAUAGAAUUGCAUACUGACAUUUAUUGAUCCUAGAUAUUAGUGGUAAGCAAUUGAGCCGCGCUCUGGGAAAAUCGGGCUUAAUGCAUGUAAAUAAAGUGUCGUUCUGUGCUGUAUGCAAAGGCUUAUAUGUGACAUAACUUUAUGGUUUUAUUGAAUUUUUGUUUUAAAGAAGUUGUUUCUUAACGAAAAGCCAGUCUAGGAGGAAACCUUUGUCCCUGAUAAGACUGUGCGGACUGCACUGUAGAACGUCACUUUACGCAUACAUUUAUGUGUUUAACCCGUUUUUUCUAGAGAGCUGCUCAAUUCAACAUCUUCAAAAAAUGUAUGUAUCAUACUUGUGAUUUAUGAGUUUUUUGUCGUUUGGCUCCUGGCCCAUAUUCAAAAUGCUUGAUAAAGAAAUUGCAGUUUUACUCAUAAAUGGAAAAGUUCAGGCAAACUUUUCAGAUUAUUUACAAAUAUGGUAAACAUGGAACUUUAAAACGUUUUUAUCAAUGUGAAUUAUUUCAGUUCAAGUCUUUAAUACUUUAAAGUCCUAAAACUUUGUAAAUUUUCUUUAUAAAUACUUAUUAUCUGUGGUUAAUUUGUAACUGGAGAUUUUUAUUAUUUUUUUUUACAAAAUAAGGAUUGGACUACAGGUAGCUUGAAAUAUUACUAUGACUUAUGCAGUCAGCACAGGCUAAUCAAGGGUGUGUUUUUGCGCUUUAUGGAUUUUUUUCUUUUUAAGAAAGUCAUCUAAUUGUCAAUCCAGUUUAGACAGAAAGUGUUGUCCCUUAUUAGCCCGUGCAAACUGCACAGGCUAAUUUGGUAUGAGACUUAAAGCGCAUGUAUUAGGCCCCUUUUCCCAGCCUGCGGCUCUUAAAGUGAAUUAAGUAUGAAGAAAACUAGUGUGUUAGCUUUUUACACACUAAUCUUUGACGUAUAUUUGUUCAUCGAAAGUGCAUUAUUGGAUGUGAUGGUCAGGUUUACAAGAAAGGGAGAAACAGCAUUAAUUUAGAAUAUCAUGCAAUCAGAGCUCUAGCAUGUCAUUUGACAACUGGUUAAAUAGUAAACUAAUGUGCCUUGAUAAUUGGUUACAAUUGUUCCAAAUUAUUGUUUUAAAACUUUAAACAUUCCAGUGUUUUGAGUACGAUUUUUUGUUGUACAAAAGUACCUUGUGUGUGUUGUGUACUUGGUUCUUUGUAAAAUGAGAUACUUUGAAAGUGCAAUAAAGCAACAUAUUUUUUAAGUUUUUUUGAACCUAUAUUAGCAAUACAAGAACUUGAUUAGUUAUGACUUUUUGUUUUUUUAUGUAGCUUAUUAUGUGAUUUUAGAGUAAUAAAAUAUCUACCAAUUUUA